AUGAGACUCUCCUCUUUCUUGACCCUGGCGUUAACGGCCAUCACCACUGGUCAGCGCCUCGGUACGCCGUCAUUGGAAUUCCUCUAUACCGCCAAUUGUACUCUCGGUGAACGGUGGCAAAUCGGAGACUACGGCCAAGGAAGCCGAGUGGUAAUUCCAAUCGUAGGAGGCACCUUUUCUGGCCCGCGCAUGUCCGGUACUAUCACCAAUCUUGGCGCCGACUGGGGCGUCACCGACACAAAGGGCGUCUUCUUCCCCGACACUCGGUAUAACCUGCGGACCGAUGACGGUGCGGAUAUCUUUAUCCAAACGGCUGGCCCAACACAACCCAACUACCAAACUCUGCUAAGGGGCAUCUUCCAGACUGGACAUCCUCACUAUGAGUGGCUCAACUAUGUUGUUGCUACUGGAGUGCUACAACGGCCUACAGGCGAGGACAAGGGGAAAUAUGUCAUAAUUGAUAUGUGGCAGUUGAAGCGGCGAUCCAGAAAUAUGAAUGUCUAA